AAAAAUCAUCCUCGCCCUAAUUUCUCGAUUUGGGGGAAUCGAACCCUCGAGACAUUUGGUAUUAUUCAUAAUAAUAACAUCGCAACUCCUCACGUUUCUCAUCCUCAUCUCCUUAGCUCAGCUUCUUUUUUCUCCGGAUCUGCAUCUCCGUCACCGACUCCGAUCAAAAUCAACCAGGAUAAGAGAAGAUGUCUACAGUAUCCAAAACCAAAUCAAGAGACAAGAAGGUUGUGAAUGAUUAUUCACAGAAGGCACCAAGUAAAGCCUCAGGAUCUAUAGGUGGUGCUUACAAUCCUCUUUUAGGGACAUUUCAAACCGUCGAUAAUGGCCGUUUCAGAAGCAUUGAUGACUCGGAUUCAACCGGAGCAGACUGUGAUUCCGUCUCUAACACCGGUAGCUGGUCAGGUGAUUCAGAAGAUCACAAGGAGAAAGCAGCAGUACCUUCCACAGCUUCUGUAAAGCAAGAAGCUAUUCCAGGAGCUGAUAACGAUAGUAAGAGAGAGAAGAUGCGGCUGAAGAACGAGAGAAAGCAUCAGCGUCAGAAGGAGAAGCGAGCUCAGGAGUUGCAUGAGCGGUGCUGUCAGUUUCUGAUGUCUAGGAAGCUUGAAGUCCUUGUUCAGAAGGUUAUAGUGAUGGGGAUUUCGCAUGAGCGUGCGACUUACGCUUUGAUGUUGAAUGAAGGGAAGCUAGAAGAGUCUGUUAAUUGGCUGUUUGAUUAUGGUGGGGCGAGUUUAGCGGAUGAGAAGCUGGAUCCCACCUCUGGGAACUUGAAGCUUGACAUAUCGCAAGAGCUGGGGAGGAUCUUGGAGUUGGAAAGGGAAUAUAAGUGCAGUAAGCAGGAUGUGGAAAAGGCUGUGGUUACAGCGGAAGGGGAUAUUGAGAAAGCAGAAGAAUCGUUAAGAAGACAGAAGCAAGAACAAUCUAGUGCUUCUAUAAAAGCAGAGGAUAGUAGUGAUAACGCGUCCGUUAGUAGAGCCUCUUCUGUGCAGGUUAGUCAAAACAGAGUAGCCCAGUUGCAACCUAACUCAGGUAUGUAUACUGCAGGGGGUGAAGAAGAUAGAAAGAGUCUCGGUUACCUUAGAGGAUCCAGCUAUGUUAAUGGAGAAUCCGGAAACCAAAGGGUAGAUAGAAUCCACAUGGAAUUGCAGUGGAUGAAAAUGCAACAGAAUGCUGCCCUGGAAGAGAAGAAACGCAUGUUAAAUCAACAGACACGAGAAGAAACGCAUUAUGGGGCGACUCAAGGUGGUCAAUACAGGAGACUUCAGCAGAGGGAACCAGUUAUGGUGAUGCAGCAACAACAACAACAACAACGGUCUCAGUCAGCUAACACGAAUACGUUCCCUGUCUCUACCAUGAAUUCAUCCUUUACCGUAUCAGCAGCAGCAGGAGUAGGCAGCGAUUGGUACGCUGCAAAUAGAUCUGAUGCGGCUCAAUCUAACGGGUACUUGCCCACAAGAACUCUACCUCCUAGUGAUCUGAACUCGAACAUGACUUACCAGCAGCUUCAGUAUCAACAAUACCAAGGGCAAGUGAACAACGGGCACAGAAUUGCAGGAGGUUCUGCACCGCAAGCUGUGGCUCCAGCUGCUUCUCUUGGGCUCUUCUCGGGGUAUGGGACAACUUCUUCAUCUGGGCUUGACUGGAACACGGAUGGGCCAGUGGGGCAUUUGGACUACAACAACAUUGAUUGGAGUUUAGACAGAGGCCUAGCUUGUCCGAGACCAAACCAACAACAGUACGUGCCUGCGGCAACAUCUCAAUAUGAAGCAAACAUGAAUGGAAGGACGAGAACGAUGGGCAUGGCAAUGGGAGUGCAUGAAGCUGCGUUAGUUGGGAAUGGGAGAGAAUGGUCAUCGCCGUUUGAGGGUAACGAUCUGUUUAGUUUGUCUAGACAGUACGUUCCUCCUUCGCUUUGAAGGUGAAAGUUGUUUCUAGAAUAAAGAUGAUGAUUGAUGGGUGUGAGUUUGUGGUUACUAGUUUUAUCAAAUGUUACUUGCAUGUUUGCUCAAUCAUAAUGGAUCUUCCAAGUUUCAUAAUAUUUUAUCACAG